CUUAUUGUACAGCGCUGCGGAAUAUGUUGGCGCUUUAUAAAUAAAUGUUAAUGUAAUGUAAUGUAAUAUAUAAGUGGCAUAAACAGAUCUGAGUGGGUGUUUAGUUUACAUUAGGGCCCCAGAUCUGCAGUUUCCUCACAGUGUUUCUUGUGUUUAAGGAUUUGGAUACAGCGACCGCACUAACACCAUGUGCGGCACAAAAGCUUACAUCGCCCCCGAGAUCUUCCUGAAACACGGAUACGGCAUGGCCGUUGACUGGUGGGCCCUAGGAAUCACCACCUAUAUAAUGCUCAUGUGUGAGUUACCAUUCAACAACGAAGACCCGGUUGAGCUAAUGCAGAGCAUCCUUUACGACAACAUCGAGUUACCAGAAUUUCUAUCAGAGGAUGUCUCUGCAUUUAUAAAAGAACUCUUAGAAAAAGAUCCAGAAUAUCGCCUCGGUUCGAGUGAGGCUGGUGCCGAAAUGGUGAAAGAGCACCCCUUCUUCAGAGUAGGUUUCUAUUCUAUUCAUUUUGAUUUGCAGACAGAGAAGCAAAAAUUAAUAUUGCCGUAGCCUCAUAAUGCAUUAUAAUUUCUUGUUCUAACAAUUCUAGUUUUUGGACCAGAUACUCAUUAUGAAAUAUUACCUAUCUUUCAGGCUAUGGACUGGGACCAUCUAUUUCACCGUAGAAUAGAGCCUCCAUUUGAACUGGACAACCAAGACCACCUGGAGAGCCACGAGAACCCUGAAUGCCAAGCUCCGGCACUGACACCACCUGCUGUAAGGAUUCCAUCAGAGCUGCAAGAGGCAUUCAGAGGAUUCUGAAUAAACAUCAAAUAAGUAGACGGAAUGGAUGGGGAGGGUGGAGGGCCAGUCCAUAUCCAUAGAAGAAGUCCAUUAAUAAAAAGUUAUGAUCAGAGAUCCAGAAUAUCGAAUAUCCAGAAGAUCCAGAAUACCCAGAAAGAUCCAGAACAUCGCCUCGGUUCGGGUGAGGCUGGUGCCGAAAUGGUGAAAGAGCACCUCUUCUUCAGAGGUAUGGACUGGGACCAUCUAUUACACCAAAGAAUAAGGCCUCCAUUUGAACUGGACAACCAAGACCACCUGGAGACCCGCGAGAACCCUGAAUGCCAAGCUCCAGCACUGACACCGCCUGCUGUAAGGAUUCCAUCAGAGCUGCAAGAGGCAUUCAGAGGAUUCUCAAUGAACAUCCGAUAAGUAGACGGAAUAGAUGGGGAGGGUGGAGGGCCAGUCCAUACCCAUAUAAGAAGUCUAUUCAUAUAAAGUGAUGAUAAGGUGUCCCACCUCAAUAAAUUCUGACUGUGUAGGCUAAUGUAAGAAUAGUCUGCUCAUGGUUUGUAGCAUAUUAAAAAACUUGACCUGUAUAACAGGCAAGUAAGAUCUAGUAGGUGCGAAACAAACUGUAUUUUUAAAGCAACAGCUGACACUGUAACAUCCUGCCUGGAUUUGAACCAGCACCCUGCAGGUUAUUAUGCAGUCUGUUAUAACUCUGCUCUAUGUGAGCAGAUAACUAAGUGCUUGGUUCAGUUUGCCCCACAAUACAUUCUGUAAUUAGCGGCUCCUUCUCUACAGUCGACAUUUGGUACUCGAGCUGGCCCAAAGCCAAAGGUGGCUGUUAUAGAAGAGCAGGCCAAGACUCCCUGUGGUUUGAGAUUUCCUUAAGUGACAAACAGGUAAAACCUGGCACCAAGUUUAGAAACAGUUGGCACUACCUCACAUUGUUUUUAUUUGCUUCCUGGUAAAGUUGCAGUUGCCACCUUGAGAGAUCUAAAGAAGAAGAUAUUGAAGAUGGUUACUAUGUUUAUCCACCCUAAGGUAUGAAAAGUAGGUUUAUUCCUAAACAGUUUGAAUAAGGGAUGUGCUAUGAGGCUCUCACUGUUGGUGGUUAAUGAGCAUUCCUUAUGUUAGAUUUGGUUUUUGCACACCAUUUGUACCCCCACGUGAGUAACUGGUUAAUUUGCAGAAUGAAUUAAGAAGUCUAUAAUAAAAUCAUCUACAAUGUUGAAUGAUUCAUCUGACUGCUUAUUUAUUUAUAAUCAACACAUACAUUUAGUUGCCCUUUAGAUGUAAAUCCUUCUGUGAUUCUGUUUUUCAGAUAUGAGACAGCGUGGCAACAGUCAAAGGAACUCUUAUUCUGUAAUGAAGACCAUGGAUCAUAUACUGAACAUUGUACCAAACACUCACUGGAGUCCGUGUGAAGAAAGAAGCCUGUACCCCACCUGCCUAGUGCCACCAACUUUUGCUACUCCAAUAGGCACUAUUUCAUAUAUAACUUGUUUGUU